GCGGAAGCAAAGCUUCCUAGGGUUUCAGAACUAAAGUAAGCUGCGCCUCAUUUUCCCGUCUCUCUCUCUCUCUGAGCGAAGUCAAGAGAAACUAAAUACAAGGUAGGAAGCAUGUCUCAUCGCAAGUUUGAGCACCCAAGACAUGGCUCAUUGGGAUUUCUUCCAAGGAAAAGAGCUGCUCGUCACCGUGGGAAAGUUAAGGCCUUUCCUAAAGAUGAUCCAGCAAAACCAUGCAGGCUAACUUCUUUCCUGGGGUACAAAGCUGGGAUGACCCAUAUUGUUAGAGAAGUUGAAAAACCAGGAUCAAAGCUCCACAAAAAGGAAACAUGCGAGGCAGUAACUGUUAUCGAAACACCGCCAAUGAUUAUAGUGGGAGUGGUUGGUUAUGUCAAAACGCCACGUGGCCUUCGCUGCCUGAGUACUGUAUGGGCCCAGCAUCUUAGUGAGGAGAUAAAGAGGAGAUUUUACAAGAAUUGGUGCAAGUCCAAAAAGAAGGCUUUCACCAAGUAUUCAAAGAAGUAUGAAACUGAAGAAGGGAAAAAGGACAUUCAGGCACAGUUGGAGAAAAUAAAGAAGUACUGCUCUGUGGUUCGUGUUUUGGCUCAUACCCAGAUUCGAAAAAUGAAAGGCCUUAAGCAGAAGAAAUCCCACCUGAUGGAGAUUCAGGUGAAUGGUGGAGAUGUUGCUAAGAAGGUUGAUUAUGGUUACAGCCUUUUUGAGAAGCCGAUUCCUGUUGAUGCUGUGUUCCAGAAAGAUGAGAUGAUUGACAUCAUUGGGGUGACAAAGGGCAAGGGCUAUGAGGGCGUGGUGACCCGAUGGGGUGUGACCCGGCUACCCCGCAAGACCCACCGUGGGCUUCGGAAGGUUGCUUGUAUUGGUGCCUGGCAUCCAGCUAGGGUUUCAUUUACCGUUGCCCGGGCUGGACAAAAUGGUUACCAUCAUCGAACUGAGUUGAACAAGAAGAUUUACAAGCUUGGAAAGUCUGCUCAGGAGUCUCAUUCUGCCAUAACUGAGUUUGAUAGGACUGAGAAGGAUAUCACACCAAUGGGAGGAUUCCCCCAUUAUGGUGUGGUGAAAGAUGAUUAUCUGAUGAUAAAGGGCUGCUGCGUGGGUCCGAAGAAGCGUGUUGUCACCUUGAGGCAGUCUCUGUUGACACAGACAUCGAGGGUUGCUUUGGAGGAGAUUAAACUCAAAUUCAUUGAUACAUCAUCCAAGUUCGGCCAUGGGCGCUUUCAGACAACACAGGAAAAGGCCAAGGUCUAUGGACGACUCAAAGCCUAAAGGACCAGAGAUCAUCAUCCAUGUUAUCUCUACUGCAUUUUGUUCCCAGUUUAUGGCCGCCAUUUUUGUCAAUGAAGUCGAGAGCUCUCUUUUGUGUUUUAGAUACCAUUAUUCUUCAAUUUACGCUUUUGCUUUACCAGUUGCUACCCAUGACCCUUUUUGAUCGUCUAUUUGCCCUUUGUUUUUGGUAAAACUUUUAUUUCUAUAAUACUGAUCUAGUAUUGUUGCUGAACCUUUAAUUAUAUUAAAGUUCUGGUUUGUUUUUUUAUGCUGA